AUGGCAGCAGGCGCGCCGCGGCGCAGCCACGGCAGGACCCAGACGUCUGCCCUCAUGGCGGCCGCGUCGAUCGCCGGCAGCAGCGGGCAGCGGGCGGAGCCGUGCCGUGCAGUCUUGAUCUGCCCCGGCUUUUUGAGGGACUACACAGGGGAGGAGUCCACCGAGCUCUCCCACAACCUGGCGCAGCACCUGCAGACCGCCGCCAGCCAGUCUGGCGGCGCCGCGCCGGCGGUCGAG